CUGCGUAGCAAUCUUGGUCUCCCCCAUCCGAUUGUACAUAGAACAAACCCCCUCUUGACCUCGACGGCUCUGCCGAGCCAUCCGCACCACCAUGCUCACCUCCAGAUUGGUUCUGCCAGCCGCAUGGCUGAUGCUCCUAGGAAGCGCAUCAGCUGCGCCGGCGCCCGAGAGUGCCGCUGCUGGCACCGAUGCGACCACGAGCGUGACGGACGCCGCGCCGCCGCCGCCGCCGGUGCCCACCAACGAAGACGGCAGCGAUGCGUUUGUCACCUGCAGCAACACCGACGGGCCCUUUAAGCCGUUCUGCCUUCCCAAGCACAACGACGUCUACUAUCCGGGGUCAACACAUUAUGUAACCUGGGACACGUCCUUCUUCCCCAGCCAGAACACCACCCUCAGGAUCGUCGGCAUCUACGCCAACCUCCCUCCAGCGGUGGUGCCCGAGCCCGCCCCCGCCCCCGAUUCUGACGAGGAGGCUUCUUCGGACCCCGAGCUUCCCCCGUCGUCCGAAACGGCCCCGCAUGGUCCGCAUGGGCAGGUGGUGGAAGCCUUCAGCUCGGACACCAUCUCGGCCGCCUGGGGCUUCUACCAGUGGCACCUCGACCAGUCCCUCCUCAAGAGCCACGGCCUCAAGGAGGCCAACAUCACGCUGCGCAUCGCCGCGCUGGCGCCGGACAGCCGGUCGGCCCAGUGGUACUCGGGCCCCACCAUCACGCUGCAGAACAAGCCCAAGAAGCGCAAGAAGCCCGUCCACACGCCCACCCCGGCCGACGACGAGGUGCUCUACAUCGCCCUUCCCCUCAUCUUCGGCUUCGCCACGUUCAUGAUCGUCGGCACCUUCUGCUGGAACAGGCAGCUGCGCCGCAUCGGGGUCGGCAACGUCAUGGGGAGGGCCAACACGAGAGGCAGGAGGCUGGGAGCGAGCAGGAGGGACCGCGCCAAGAACAGGGAUAAGGAGUCGAGCAUCCGGUUGAUGGAGAGCGGCGGCGCGGCUGCCGAUUCGGACGAGGAAGGUUGGAGCCACGGUUCGAGUUCUGCUGCUGAAAGGAGGGUGUUCGAGAGGGUCGACAGGAAACGGGAUUAGAACUGGUCCGGUCUGGGUGGCGGAAUGGUGUUGGGGAUUUAAUUAUAGAAUGUAUCAUCCGGAUCGAUGGUUGGUUGGAUAUGUCAAUGACCAUGUUCCGUUUCUGGGAAGAGAGAAUGUUACAAUAGACGCGGGAGGGACCUGCGUUAUUAAUAUCAAAAGAAAAAAGGAACAUAAUCAUCUU